AAGCAGUCUUCGUAGCUCGCGAGAAGGAAGUAGUCUCCGCAGCUCGCGAGAAGGGAGCAAUCGUCGAGGAAGUGGUCGUGGAAGACAUGGUCCUGGUCAUGGUGGUGAUGGGGGAGUGAGGCAACGACCUCGUCGACAAGGAGCGAAUGACUCGACCGACAAGCUACUGACACCAAGGACAAAGGAGACUUUGGUCUUCAAUAUGGAUGCUGAUGGCAAGAUGGUGAAGGGUGUGCCUAUGGCGCUCUCUGGAUCGCAAGCCGACAUUUCAAAGUCGUUGAGAAAGUUUCGCAGAGAGAUGAAGGCCGAUCAAGCCGCUCAUAUGGCCGCUACCUCGUCGUCUAUCGCUUCUAUGGACAUUGGCUUUCUCUCGCCAGCUGCCAUCGCAGCAAGCCCGUCUCCAUCUCCGUCUCCGUCUCCGUCUCCGUCUCCGCACUCGUCCUCGAUCCCGGCUUUGGCGAAUACCUCGAACGUACACGUCUCGUCGACGCCAGAUGUUGACUCGGUGCACUCAAACGAGUCGAUGGACUCGGCUAUCUCGAGCGCUGGGUCGAGUGGGCUCUCGUCGCUGGUUCCUUCGCGACGGGCGCGAAGUGGACGGAGCGGCGGCUCGCUGCUGCAGUCGGCGGCGCUCAACGCGGCCCGGGCGGCGGCGGCCGAGCUUGCGGCCCGGUCCGACUCGGACGACGAUGCCGCAUGUGGUAGCGAGUCGGACUCGGCGUCAGUCUUUAAUGCCUCGAUGUCAAGCGUACUGACCGAGGGAUCCGCAUCGUUUGCCGGCAUGGGCAGUGCCUUCCCGGACCUCUCGUCGUCCAACGAGCCGCUGGCGGCGACGUCGGCAGAGCCUGGCCAAGCGUCGCGGACCAUCAACGGCGUGCGCGCGCGUGCAAAUUCCAAGACGAGGGUCACUUCGGGGCCACAGUCUGGCAAUGUGAGCAACUCGCUCAACCAGUCACUAGACGGGGUGGCGUGGCAGCGAGUGGGCCGAAGCGUCAAGCCCGGCCCGCGGACAGAAACUAUGGAGCUGACGAACCUCAUCGCGGACUUUAAGCGCGAGCAAGAGCUGCGGCAGCAGGCCGAGCAGGCACGGCUGACGGCAGCGCGGCUGGCGGCCGAGACUGAGCGGCGCAAGGCACUGAUGCGCAAGCGCAUUGUGUAUCACACGCUGCCCGGCGGCGACGCGCCCCACUCGGCGCUGCUCUCGGCCUCCAAGGCCCACGACGGCAUCAUUCUCUCGCUGGCGGCCAACACGUUCUUUGUGGACAAGUUUGCCACCGGCUCACACGACGGCAAGGUCAAGGUGUGGACGCUGGAGCAGUACGUGCUCGCCUCGCAUGCUGCGCCGGUCCACUCGGUCGGCUGGCACCCAGACGGCAUGGUGCUGGCAACAACUGGCAAGGACAACAAGGUCCGGCUCUGGGAAGGCUCCGAGUGCAAGGAGGUGCUUGACCUUGACUCGCCGGGCUUCUCGCUCGAGUUUUCGCUGUUUGGCAAGCACGUGGCGGUGGCCUCGAUGCGCAACGUCAAGAUCUUUGACACAGAGACGUGCAAGAUCAUCCAAAAGCUGCCUGCGCACGCGCUCAACGUGUACUCGUGCGCGUACCACCCCGGCUCGCUCUCGCUCAUGGUUACUGCCGGCGACGACAAUAUGGUCAAGUUGUGGGACGUCGACUCCGGGAAAGUGGUCCAGACGCUGCGUCACCACUCGUCGUGGGUCUACUCGGCGCAGUUUUCGCCCGAUGGCCAGUCGCUCAUCACUGCGUCGGCGGACGGCACCUCGUUCAUCUACAAGCUCGGCCAGGAGGAACCGCUCCUCCGUAUCCGCCCCAGCUUGGGCGCCGUGUACACGGCCUCGCUCUGGGGCGACGUCGCGUACCUGGGCGGGCAGGAUCCUAUCGUCCGCGGCUUCUCGCCGCUUACCGGCGAGCCGCUGGUCGAGGUCAAGGGUCACGUCGGCGCUGUCCGCGACAUUGCCUACCUCCCGCACUCGUACACGCUGCUCUCGGUCGGCUCGGACGCGCAGCUCUGCCAAUGGAACGUCCGCACCCCGCUUGAGACCGCGCUCGCUGCCGAGUCCAAGGAGCUGGAGCGCAAGCUGUCGCAGACCCUCUCGGCGCAGAUCCGAUCCGAGGACAACGUCACCGCGCCGGCGCCAGAGGCGGUGGCGACGUCCUCGGUCCGCUCGCUCGCGCCGCCGUCGCGUCGCUCGUCGCGGUCUACCCCGCGCAACCCGCCGCCUUCGUCCGCCAACUCGCCCGGCUCGGACGACCUGGGCACUCCGCGCUCGCUUGCCGACUCGGCCCUCUCGUACGAGUACGAUUACGCCGACGUCUUGGUCCGGGUCGGCGACGACGGCGAGCUCGUCGAGCUUGAUCCCGACGACGCCGAGCGAGUCCGCAACGAGCUCGGUGACGACAUUCUUUCCAUCUGCGACGUUAGCAACUAUGGCGAGUACGACUAUGACUACGACUACGACUACGAGUAUGCCUACCGCGACGACGCCGGCAACAUCGUGCUUCGCAGCGGUGUGGUCUCAUCCGGUGUGGCCUCAACUCCGUCGUCGCGCCGCUCUUCGCGCCGCCCGUCGGCUGCCUCUAGCCGUGCCACUAGGGAGACGCCGGCACGCCGCUCGUCACGCCGCUCGUCGCGCCGCUCGUCACGUCGGUCGUCGAGGGCCAAGUCGUCAGUGUCGCGGUCGCCGUCACUCCCAGGCAUCGCCCUCGACGCGCCGUUUGUAGCAGCCGCACGCCGCAUGGAGCAGCAGGCGGCGCUGACAACGAUGACAUCGGCCUCUUUGGGCUCGUUUGAGGCACCCAAGCGGAUGCGGCUCUCACCGUCGGAUGCGUCAAUCCCUUCGCUGCCUGACAGUCGCUUCAGGCGCGAGUCGUCCGUCUCGGAGGACUCUUCUGCCUCCGAUGCAACCAACCGCCGGGUUCGGUUCGUCAACUCGUCGCUAUUCACAGUCAAGCUCAUUCGGUUCCGCGGAGUAAGCACAUCAGGUGAGAAGUUCACGUCGUCGUCGACCGGCCACAAGGCCUCGCUCAGCAUCCCAGGCCUCAAGCAUCCGUUCUUUGAGAUCCUUGUUGGCCGGCAGGUCCGCGACGUCAGAGACAACUGGAGGGGACACGUCCUCACCUACGCAGACAUACUCGCCGACUCGUCGACGCCACAUCUGCUCGGCUCGGAUCUAGCGCUCGAGGCGUAUCUGUUUGACGACGCCGACGACGGCGGUAACGUCUCCUCGUACGGCUCCAUCGGACUCGGCUUCCUCGGCCUCUCGCCGCUCACAUCCGAUGGCAACACACCCGAGCCGGUACACGUCUGGCUCCCGCUGUAUGGCGAGCUCGACAUGGAGCUCCUCGUCGAGGUUGGAAUCACACCAAACCUCGAGGGCAUCACCCGUGCGCCGCAAUCGUCGGGAACCAAGGAGGAUGCUGUGGACCAGUCGUUUGCGGGGCAGUACGAGACUGUGCUCAAUGUUCCCGCUGAGCGAGGCGCAUUAGCUGAUGCAGUGCUUGCUUGCUACGCCUCGCAAUUUUCGGAUCACGCAGCGAGCUACCUCGGCUCGCUCGCCGACGACGAGCCGCUGCCGGCGAUGGCUGUUGUCAUGCAGGAGCAAGUCGACCCGGUAGCCGCGGGCGUGCUGUUUACCGUCAAUCCGGGAACCUCAAGUGCCAACGAGAUGGUGGUCGAGGGCGUGUGGGGACUUGGCGAGGGGCUCGUGUCCGGAACGCUGACGCCGUCAUCAGUGGUAAUCGACGCCGCAAGCGGUGAGAUGGUGCUCGACCGGAACCCAGAAGGCCAGCAGGAGCGCAAGCUGGUGUGUGCAGCAGGGGGUGGGCACGAGUGGACGGCAACGACUGCCACCGAGGCCGCCUGCUCGCCGCUCACGCCAGAGCUGCUUGCUGCUCUGGCGGCAGCCGGGCAGGCGGUGUCACGGGCGAUGGGGCCGGCCGACAUCGAGUGGUGCGCCACGGGCGACGGUCGAGUGGCGCUGGUCCAGGCACGGCCAAUCACCUCGCUCAGCUUUGCGCGCGGAACGCCUGUGGCGUACAUGAUCCAGGCCGACCGCACGUCGCCGCUUGACGAGCUACUUGCGGUCCGCGGCUUUGGCGACGCGCUGCAUCACAUCGCAUCGGUAACGACGUGGUUUGACGGCGAUCCCGAGUUUGUCCUCCCUCAACCAGCUCAACUAGUCACGUUUUACUUUGGACGUGGCUACGGGUUUGCCGACGUCAUGGCCGUCUACCACGGGCUGAAGGAGCAGUACACGCAAGCCGAUCUCGCGGCGCUCGAGCCGUGGUGGCGCGAAGCGCAGGCGCUGGAAGACCGGUUUCUGCUUGAGCUCCACCAGCGAUCUGUGGUCGACGCCGCGCUCGCAAAGCACGGCCUGGCAGCAGCGGACACGGCAGUCGAUACGUCCCCGGAUCGUGUGGCGCAGCUGAUGGCCUUUUACUCGGCAGCAUGCAAGAUGUCGUGGGCGAUGGGCUUUAUGGCCGAGCUGGCCGAGACGGAGGCUCAGCGGGCGCUGUCGACGGCGCACGGGUCGGGCGACAUUACCGAGAGCACGCCGCGGUUUGUGCUCGGCAAACUGGUCUCCAACGUGUCUCGGCGACACCACGCCACCGCCAAGCAGCCGAUGCUAGACCUGAUGGCGCUCGCGCGGAGCGUGAGCCGCGACAGCGAGGUGCGGCGAGUGGUGCUUGAUGCAGCGGCAGCGAGUUCGGGUGGCAUCGUCGGCCCGGGCCUGGUGAGAAUGCUGCGGGUCGAGGCUGCGGGGACAGAGAUCGCCGGUGCACUCGAGAGCUUUCUCCGGACCUGGUACUGGAUGGCAGACGAGGACUGGGACUCGUGGUGCGUGCACUGGUCGGAGGAUCCGUCAUUUCCGCUCGCCAUGUUCGUGCAGAUGGUCAAGGCCGGAGGCGACCGAGGGUCGUCGUCGUCGUCAUCGUCGUCAUCGUCAAAUGACGAAAGCAGCGGACAACCGCCGUUGCUGCGGCGAAUGACGACAGCGUCGCAGAUUUACGCGACUGAGAUCGAGCGGCUUAAGGCCGUGCUCGGGAACGACCAGCACGAGGCACUGGUGGCGGUGGCGCGGCUCCGCAAGUACCUCGAAUGGAAGGAGCGAGUUCAUGUGGUGUAUGUUCGGGCCGGAUUUGAGCUGAAGAUGACGCUUCUCGCCAUCGAGGCCGAGCUGGUUGCUCGCGACGUGCUCGAGGAGGGGCGGGCGGACCACAGCAUGGCGCAUGUGACGCCCGAAGCGUACGCAGCGUACGCGGCCGGGCGCGAUAGCGGCGGAGAAGCACUGCGCAAGGUGGUGGAGGACAUCGGGUACACAAGCGCGGUGUGGUCGCACCUGGAGGCGCCGUACCAGGUCGGACGGACGUUCCAGGCGCAGCGUGCCGGCGACGGGGCCAGCAACGUUGAGCUCGGCAUCAGCGAGGCAGAGCUGGCGGAGCUCCGUGCGCACGGAAUGGUCCUGCGUGGGCUGCCGAUCUCGCCAGGGCGAAGCGGGGUACCCGUGCGCGGGCGGGCGCGGGUGAUCAGCUCGCUGGCCGAGGCUGGGAGCGUCCAAGGCGGUGAUAUACUGGUGACGGCGACGACGUCGCCGGCGUGGACGCCGCUCUUUGGCCUCAUCGGCGGCCUUGUGCUCGAGGACGGCGGAAUGCUGUCGCACGGCGCAGUGGUGGCGCGCGAGUUUGGACUCCCGGCCGUGUCGGGCAUUCGCGGGGCAACAAGCGUGGUGCAGACCGGCGACGAGCUGGUGGUUGACGGCGAGGACGGCAGUGUGAUGGUGUUGGGGCAGGAAGAGAGGAAAGCAAACAAGUGACGGGCACGCGCGAGGCGUGGCGAGCGAGCAAAAAAA